GCAGAAGCACCGACGAGGUGGCAUUGAAAUAUAAAAUGCUAAGCCAACAUGUAAAUUUGAAAGACCCAUCGUGAUAUUUAUGUGUAUUGUAUUUUUCGAAUUUUCAUCAUAAUGGAUUUUGGUACUUUAUUGAGUGUGGCACAGAAAAAUGAAAACAGCAAGCAGUCGAUUGCUUGCUAUCAGUCGAAAUUUGCUCCACCCAAGAAACCAACUAAACAGGCUAAGGCUCUUUCCCACAACAUAAAAAAAUUUUUAGCUCGCAAAGAAGAGGAAGAAAAACAGAAAGUUUUAGAAGAAAAGAAGAAAAGAGAGAAUUUGUUGGCAUUAAGGGAUCAUAAAGCACAAAGUCGGAUAAACAAACAUUUGAAAGUAUGUAAGGCAGCAAACAAAUCUGCAAUAGCAGAUGCGAUCGACAAUGACAAUACAGCUGUUACAAUGGCAGGGCCAUCUCAACCCGACGAGGAUGAUUAUGGAUACGUUUCGCAAGAAGCUUCUGCGUUUUAUAAUCAGUUAAUGAAUAAAUACAAUAAUGCGCCUUGUCCAAAACCACUCUUCAGUGAAACUCGCAAGAAAACAGUAAAAGACAUCGCCUCUACAAAGGAUAGAGUGAAACAGGCUUUAAAGCAGCAAGAAGUAGAAGAAGCAUUAGGACAUCGUCGUAAAAGAAAAUCGUCUGGAAAAGAAGCUGAAAUACAACCGGAAGAAAAAAUUGAAAACAGUGAAAUAACUGAUAAAAAUACGCAACUUGAAGAUAAGAAAGAAAGAGAUGAGAAACCAAGGGCUAAAAAGAGACCUCCGCCUCCUCCAAUGGAUUUCAAUGAAUUGCUUAAAAUCGCGGAAAAGAAACAAUACGAACCGAUUGUGAUUGACGUGAAACCGAAAAUCGAAGAGCCGGAGAGACUAAUGACCAAGAAGCAGAUGAAAGAAUACGCAAAGGAGAAGGAAUGGCGAGAACGGAAGGAACAACGAAGUAAAGUAAGCACUCCAAGCAACAAAGAAGGAAACACGCCCACAGCUUCUAAAUUAAUCAAAACACAAGACACUCGUGGCACCAUGAACAGUUUCACUAAAAUCCCUAAAUUAACUGAAUCCUCGAUAUCGAAUAAAGCGCCUUCGAAAGCGGCACAUGUAUCUGAAUCACCGCUUCCAAAAAAAAUCGCCGAGAAAUCUAAUGAAAAUAAAUCUAAUUUAAGCAAGUCGAACGUUUCGAAAACAUCCGAGAAAGAUAUUCUUUUAGAAGAACGGAAACAAUUGGAAUCCGAGAGAAGAAGAUUGGAGGAAAUGCGACAAGCCAUUGAGGAGGAGAAAAAGAAAUUAAAAUUGAGUAAGAGUAAGAUCGAGGAUGUGAAAAAUGUGAAAUCAGAGAAAUUGCCAACAAAAGUAAAAGUGCCGGAAAGACAAAUUCCAUCGACAAGUAUUAAACAGAAGGAAGGUUCGGCGAUGAACGCGUCUAAACUUCGUACAGCCUUAAUGUCCAAUGGAAAAGUGAAACAGUUUCCUCCGACAGAUAUGAAACCAAUCAGGUCUAAACAGCCGGUUCCUUUGAAGGAUCAUAAAAAGGGAUUGGCCGUCCAUAAACGUCGUAUACAUGAUGAGGAUAAAGAUGAUUACGAUUCAGAACUUGAUGAUUUUAUUGAUGAUGAAGUAGAAGAGAAUUCAGAAGAUUACAGUAAAUACAUAAGUGAAAUAUUCGGUUAUGAUAAAAGUAAAUAUAAAUACGGAAACCACGAGGAUGACGAUGACGACCGCGGCAUGGAAAGUAGUUUUGCGCAACAACUUAAAGAGGAAUAUGUAUCUACGAAGAUAGGUAUUAUGGAAGAUUUAGAAGACAUGCGUAUGGAAGCUUUAGAAAAAAAAAGGAAAGCUAUGUUAAAAAAUAAAAUAAAACACUGA